GGCAGUUGGAUUGCAGUUACCAGGUUGCUUGCAUUGGAAUACAGAAAUGGCUUGUGGAGUUCAUUUGGGGAUCUUGCUGAUUUGCUUAGUUCAAGCAGAGCAUGUGCGUUGUCUGUGGGCGACUCAAGCUCAGAGACCAAACGGCAACACAUAUGUUGGCUUCACGCCGCAGGGCAGUGGAUUUGGUGGAAGCUAUCCCCAGAAUCAACUCAGACAUGCCUCUGGUUCUCUUGGCUCAGCCCAAAACAGUAGCCUCAACACAGACCCUAUUGGCAGUGGUUCUAGCCAGAGAUUUCCCAAUAGUGGCUACACACAAACUCUUUCCCAGCCAGCUAAAAGUGGCUAUGAUUCAGUAAAGUUGGUGCAAAGCAGCGCGCAGUCAAAACCUAACUGGCGAACAACUAAGUUGAAUUGGGAACAUUUACAAAGCAUGCCAAAAAAGCGCAUAUUUGGCCUUUCUGCUUCUAUUGCUGGUGGCAGUUCACUGAGUAAGUACGAUCAAACUCCGAUUAGCAAGAAGAGAACUUUGCCGGUCCAGCAGGGUACCCCAAGUAAGAGCAACCAUCGGUCCAGCAGUUCUGAAUCUUUUCAGGGUCCAAGAGAAAGUUACUCCUUCAAACCCUACUCUCAUCAGACAGCAGCACAGAAGGCUUUAGUUAACACUGGGCUAAUGGGUUCUACUAUGAAGUAUUCACGCCCCUCUAGCGGAGGUGCUGCUGAACCACGAAGAAUCCCUGUUCGGACAAAAACCUCAGCUAGUUCCCCUGCUAGAAGAGUGUCUUCACUUCGUGGCUCUGCAGCAUCUAAACCUUCCCGUUUCUCCUCUCUCCAAAAUGAGAGAACUAGAAAUAACCCCAGCCAGACUGAGGCUUGGGAACGGUACUCAAGCAAGGUGGUUCCUGUGAAUGCUCGUAACCUUCCUGCCUCCAGGACCAGCAGUGUGGGGACCUCUGGUCAGGGCUUUGCCUCAAGCACAAUCUACCAAAUCCCUCAGCGCUUUGGGGGCUACGCUAUCAGACGGCUGAAAGAACCUGCUCAACAGAAGGAAGUGAGUGUCGGCAAGACGCCGCAGCAGGCCUACGUGGCCACCCAGCGCCUGUCUUUGCAGCAACAGGCCUUCACGGCCCCCCAGCUCUCCUCAGCAUCUUCCAAGCCAAAGGUCCAGCGUGUUCAUCCAGAGGCCAAAUGGAUGAUGGUCAGGCUGGGUUAAAAACAUGUAGUUACUAAAGAAUCAAUGGGCUGCCUGCAGCAGUUGUCCUGGGAUGAAUGUUUUUAAUAAAAAUGGUUUAUUUA